UCCAGUGGGCCUAGGCCGGAUCUGGCCGCUCAGCCCAGCGUCGUCGCCGUCGCCGCUCGGGCCGCCGCUCCACCCGGCUUUGAGAGGAAGACAAGGUCGCGUGGCUCCGGUCGACGACGACCGUGCCGCCGCUCGUCGUCCGCGAGGAAGACGAGGUCGCGCGGCGACCUCCGCGAGGAAGACCCCACCGAGAGCCCGUUGCUGCGGAGCGGGGUAGGGGGAGGGAGGCGCCGGCGUCUGUGGCCUCCGGCCCCAACGAUGAGAGGCGCCGCCACGCCGGCGUCCAUGCCUUCUUGCCCGCCGUCCUCGCCCCGGGGCUUCCCGUCCGCCGCGUCCCCGGCAUCGUUCGGCGCCACUGCCACCCUCGCCGGCUUCUUCCGCUUCGGGAUUAGGGGAGUCGGCGCCGGCGGAGGGAGGAGGGGACAGCCGGCGCCACUCGGCCCCGAGGACGCCGCCGCCACAGGACCCGCUACCUCGCCAUGCGCGCAGCCGUCCCACCGUCGAGGUCACUGCCGUCCGGCCCGACAAGGAGAGGAGGGGGCGGGCGGUUCGCCGUCGUGCGCCGCCGUGGAGCCGAGUGAGGGAGGGCCUCGUCGUCGUCCACGCUCUCCGCUCCGCGUCGCCGACCUCGGUGUCGCCGGGGAGCUCGUUGCCACGCCGCUUCGGUCCGCGCCGCCGCCACUGUCCUCGUCGGAGAAGCUCACCGGAGGUUGAGGCCGCGUCCGAGCUCGCCGGCGUCUGUGCCUUCUUGCCCGCCGUCCUCGCCCUUGCCGCUUGCCGUCCUGGUCAGUGGCAUGCGAGAAGAAUGGAU